UGUUUUUUUCUGUCAUGCAGGAGUCUACUCGUCUGUUUCUGACCUGAUACAGCUUAAUUCCUCUUUUGAAAAACAGUGGCAACAUGGACGCAGAAGAAAAGCACAAACCCAGCACGGAUGAUAAAUGUGUGGAAGUCCCUAAAGCGCCUUCAAUCGAGGAUUUUAUCGUUUUGAAGCCGAUCAGCCGCGGAGCUUUUGGGAAGGUUUACCUCGCUCGGAAGAAGUGCAAUGCCCGAUUAUACGCCAUCAAAGUGAUGAAGAAAGCAGAGAUGGUGGAUAAAAACAUGACGGGACAAAUGAAGGCAGAGAGAGACGCGCUGGCUUUGAGCAAAAGUCCCUUCGUGGUUCACCUGUUUUACUCCCUUCAGACAGCAUCCAAGAUCUUUCUGGUGAUGGAGUACCUCAACGGCGGAGAUGUGAAGUCUCUCCUUCACAUUUAUGGAUAUUUUGACCAAGAUAUGGCUGUCAAAUUUAUCUCCGAGGUGGCACUGGCUUUAGACUAUCUACACCGUCAUGGUAUAAUCCACAGGGACUUGAAACCUGACAACAUGCUGGUAUCCAACGAAGGUCACAUUAAAUUAACAGAUUUCGGUCUCUCCAAAGUCAAGCUUGAUAGAGAACUGAGUCUUAUGGAUAUCCUUACUACUCCAUCCUUGGCAAAACCUAAAAAGGAUUACUUCCGUACCCCGGGUCAAGUCCUCUCUUUAAUCACCUCCCUUGGAUUUAAUACACCUGCAGGAGAAGGCAAACGUCACUGCAGCACUUCAGCUAUGUCCAGCCCCAUGUCCUGUGGCAGAACUAAACAGAAGAACAGCUCGCUUGGUUCUCCCAUGAUGACGAGAAAAGAUCAGGUGCACUCUGCGGCUCGCCACGCUUGGAAAACGGGACCGAACAACAGUGUGUUUAGUCCACAUAACCUGCCUAAAAAUCUGACUACCACACUGCUGAAGACCAGGAAGAGGUUUGAGACGAUGAGCGCAGGCAGCACCACCGACACUGAAGGUGGCAUCAGUCCACUGUGGGAGUGUGAGGAGAAAGAAAAUGAACAUGCUAAUGAACAGAGGAUGAGAGGACACUCUGACUCCAAAGUGUCCGGACAGGACCGCGUGCCAACAAAACCAGGCACCUUUGGGUUCUCUAAGACCGGCAGCAGUCCGUCAAAAAAGUCAACUCCAGACCGUCUUACAGAGAAGAAGCCUCAAACUGUUUCCACACCUCCGGAUGAUUUUUGUCUGUCGGUGAGAGAUGAUGAACAAAUUGCACCUCCCUCAUCUUUGAAAAGAACGUUUUCAGAGUUGGAAAAAAGUCCAGAGACAUCAGACCUCCAAGCCAAGAAGAGCACUGCAGACUAUAAAAGAUGCUAUGAGAUUCCAGAGGAGACUGCAAGGUUUCACACGGGCCUGACUGGAAUAUUUAACAACAUCCAAAUGGGUGACUUCAUCGCCUCCGCUGAGGGAAUGGGGUCAGAUCAAGACCACGGUCCAAAGCGCUCCAGUCCCAUCGCUGUGGCCAAGAGUCUGUUUUGUGAACUGGAGGAGCCGACAGAAGACGUGUUUGAAAAUGGAGCCAAAGACUUGUCAAAUUCAAGUUUCACGUCCCCGCUCUCCGGGAACGCCGACAUCUGUAGGAGCUUGAGCCUGGACUCCGAUGAGUCCGUACAUGAAACGUCUCUCACUAUCGACAGCCUCGCGUCUCUCAAGCCAAGCAGGUGUUCCAGAAACAGACAUUUAGAUUCAUCAGAGGAGCAAGAGGAGAACAGAGACUCCUCCAUGACUGAAUCACUGCCACAGAGUCUCGCUGUCGUUACCACGGGAACGCCCAAACUCAGUCAUUUUGGCUGGAGAGGUGAAUCCAAGUCUCCCUUUCUCCACCAGCGCUCCGAUCUGUCCUGCAGCAUGUCACAGUCCCCCUCCUUCCUCAAGCCAAGGAACGUCGUGGCUUUCCGAAGCUACUGCAGCUCCAUCAACCGCUCCAGCAUGUCGGGGGUGUCGCGUUUGAGCAUCGGGUCUCUGGAGUCUAUGGAUGUGUCCGCGACAGCCUCUUAUCACUGUGCGUCCGGUAGCGCAACACCAGUGCAGAAAAGAUCCAACUCCAACAGCUCUCUCUGUCAGACUCCCCAGCCCAUGUCGACCUCUCACACCCCUUUCAGGACCCCAAAGAGUGUCCGCAGAGGUGCACUGCCUGUUGAGGGUGCUCCCAUUUUAGGAACCCCUGACUAUUUAGCUCCGGAGCUUCUUUUGGGAAAACCACACGACUGCAUGGUGGAUUGGUGGGCGCUAGGUGUGUGUCUUUUCGAGUUCCUCACAGGUGUGCCACCGUUCAACGACAAGACGCCUCAGCUGGUCUUCCAGAAUAUCCUCAACAGAGAUAUCCCCUGGCCUGAGGAAGAGGAGGAACUGUCUGAUAAUUCAAGGAACGCCAUUGAAAUUCUGCUGACGAUGGACAAGAUGAAACGGGCGGGUUUAAAGGCGUUGAAGUGCCACCCGCUGUUUGAGGGCCUGGACUGGGACAACCUGCAGAACCAGUCGAUGCCUUUCAUUCCUCAGCCAGAGGACGAAACCGACACCUCGUACUUUGAGGCGAGAAACAAUGCUCAGCACAUCGCCGUGUCUGGCUUCAGCCUAUAGUGCAGAUAUAUGAGAGAUGUGUGUGUGUGUGUUUUAUAUAUACAGCGAGACAAUUUCACUUUGGAAGAGCUUUAUUAAAAGCAACACUCAGGACAUAUUUGGCUGUUAAAGUGAGAAAGUUCAUGAAUCUCUUAUUUUCAUUAUGAAACACUGAAAAAAAAUCAGACUUAUUUCCACACUGUAAUGAAGUCUUAAAUAAUUUAGGAUCACAAAAAAACAUUUUACACGUGCAAUCACAGAAAAUGGCUUGA